CCUGGCUGCUCUGGUCCGCAUGUAUUUUAACGAGGCAAUCCGCCUCAUCGGCAGCACGGACCACCUUGUCCGUCGGCACAUCAACACGCCUGAGCCCGCCAAGUAUGUCUCGCGUUGGGCACCUCUGGCAGGACCUAUGUUGCAACACACCCUAUGCUUAUAGGGCACUGUGUUGCAACAAUUCCCACUAAUUAUAAGGUUGUAACUACAACGGUUUGUUGCAACAUCUGUUGCAACAAAACCCUACGGCUACCAGUACACUACUGGCCUGUCGGACAUUGCCGAGCAGGCCGCCACCGUCGUCGUCGUCACCGAAACCCCGCCGCCACCGUUCGCGACGCGCUCGUCGUCGUCGCGCCGCCGCCCGCUCCCCGACGCGCACCCACGUGCUGCCCGCCGCGCCCGCCGAUCCUUCCCACGCGCCUACCGACACGCCACCCAGCCGUUCACCGCCCCGACGCGCGCUCGCGCCGCCUUUCCCACGCUCCGCUCGCCGUGCUGACGGUCGCGCGCGCUCGCCCUCGCGGUCGCACGUGCAUCCGCGAGCGUGGCGCUCGAAAUCGCGCUCUCGGCAGAUGCCGAGAGCGCACCCACUGCCCUCGCGCUCGAUCAAUCAGCGCCUGGAACGCGCACCCCGCCGCUCUCGGCCGAAACCGUCAGCGCGCACCAGCCGUUGGGCUGCGGAUAUGCGGCGAAUGCCGAAUUCCUGCCCGCCCCUCGGGAAGCGUUGGCAUCGGUCGACGCGCACAUGCAUCCGCACGAUCGACAGAGUGCGCGGGCACGCCCACUUCCCGCGACACUCAUCCGCGAAGAUGAUGUCGAGCGCGCGACACGUCACGUGAUGCGACGCGUGCGUACAGAGCCACGUCAGCGAUGUGACGUGGCAAUGUAGCGGCAACGGCUAGAGCGCCGAGAGGGGUAGGGAUGGGGCGAGGUGGGUGGCAGGCGCUUCGCGGGAGGUGACUGCCGCGUGCUGGGCACGAGCACGAUACACCCUUGGGCGUGAGGGUGGUGGCAGCGCGCGCGUGUCGGAGUCGGCGUCGGUGUCGGUGUGGAUGUCGGCGUCGAAAAGAGUGAGGGGUGGGAGUGGGGUGUAAAGUAAGGGCGUAUGCGUUGAGGAGGCACGGUGGUCGACGCGGGGACAGCGAUGGUGGUGGAAGGAGAC